AUGGGCUACUGGUCGACGCACGACGGACACCUCUCGCAGCUGUGCUUUGCCAGCCUCUUUGUCGCGAUGGCGUUUGCCUCGCUCGGUAUCAUCUGGGGGCGCAGUCUCUUCUUGCUCGUGCUUUCGCUUCGGAGCUCCAAGACGUUGCACGCGUCGCUGCUCACCAAGGUCCUCUCGGCGCCCGUCAACACGUUCUUUGACGUGACGCCCAUCGGGCGUAUUCUCAACCGGUUCUCGAGCGACUUGGACCAAGUCGACUCGCAGCUGCCGCUCUUUGCGCUCUUCCUCCUCCAAACGCUGGCGCAGGUCCUCGCAGUUGUCGUCGUCUGCGCUGCCUCGCUGCCGUUCAUUCUCCUCGUCUACCUCCCGAUCGCUGCCAUCUUCUUCUGGAUCCAGCGACUCUACGUCACGCCGUCGUGCGACCUCAAGCGCAUGGAUGCCACGACGCGGUCGCCGGUUCUCAACGUCCUCUCUGAGACGAUCAAUGGUCUCUCGACGAUCCGCGCCUUCCGCAUGAGCAGCGAGUUUGCCGCCAAAAGCCGCGCUGUGAUUGCCGACAACAACCGCUUCUUCUUUGCGUAUCGCAUGCUGGCGCGCUGGCUUGCCAUGCGUCUUGACUGGGUCUCAUGCCUGGUGGUCGCCGCUGUCGCCUUUUUGCUCAUCGCGUGCAAGGACGCAGUGGGCCCCGUCGCCGCCGGGUUGGCACUGACGUAUGCGUCGCAAAUGACAUCGGGGCUCUCGGCGCUCACUGGUGUCUACGCUCUUGUGGACAAUAUCAUGACGUCCGUCGAGCGCCUCGAAGAGUACAACAGCCUCGAGACUGAAGGUGACACCAAGCUCGUCACGGCAACCGUCGACGCAUCGUGGCCUGUGAAAGGCGUCGUCACCUUUGACCACUAUGCGAUGCGGUACCGCGACCACCUCGACCUCGUCCUCAAGGACGUGUCGUUCACCGUGCCGGCCGGCGCCAAGGUCGGCAUCUGCGGCCGCACCGGCUCGGGCAAGAGCUCGCUCAUGGUCGCGCUCUUCCGCAUGGUCGAGGCCGCCACUGGUCGCAUCCUCAUCGACGGCGUCGACCUCGCCUCCAUCGACUUGCACACGAUGCGGUCGCGGCUCACGAUCAUCCCGCAAGACCCGGUGCUCUUCUCUGGCUCAUUGCGCUUCAACUUGGAUCCGUCGAGUCGCUCGAGUGACGACGAGCUCUGGAGCGUGCUCAAACAAGUGCACUUGGGCGACGUCAUCUCAACGCUCGAGUUUGAGGUCGCGGAGAAGGGCGGCAAUCUCUCGGUGGGCCAGCGACAGCUGCUCUGCAUCGCGCGCGCCUUGUUGCGCAAGAGCCGCGUCGUCUUGCUGGACGAAGCUACCGCCAGCAUCGACUUGGCGACGUGA